UCCUCUCGUUUGUGCUUAUCUUCCCUUUCGACCCUGUGACAUGUUAUUUUCUUUUAAAGCAACGGUUUGAAAUUGAGUGCAGUCAGACCUUUUGCGCAGAUAGACUUCAGAAGAGGCUGUAUUCAGAUAGAGUACAGCCCUCUCCACUUCUUAUAUCGCUGUUUUGACAGUUUGUUGAGUUGACACCAGUUAAAGAACUCAAUUCAGCCGAAGUCACCCGAUUCUGUCGAGUCGUUCUCAGGAGUGCCGAAGGGUUUGCUGACAGGUGAUGAAUGUCUCACCUUGAGGAGAAGCAAUGGAGGCUGCUGUCUUUGAGUAUCACAAAGAGGAAGACACCGUGGACAUCGAGGCUUUUCAAGGAGGGAAGCAGAAGCUCAUUCAGCCAACAUCUUUAAAAGACCCCAAAUUUGAGAAGCUAAAGGAGGCACUGGUCUGUUGGAUCAAUAGUACUUUGAAAACGGAGCACAUAGUGGUUCAGAGUCUGGAGGAGGAUCUGUACGAUGGGCUGGUGCUUCAUCACCUGCUGUCAAGGUUGGCCGGAGUGCAUGUGUCAGUGGAGGAUAUAGCACUGACCAGCCCCGCUCAGAUCCACAAGCUGGAAGUGAUCCUGGAGGAGUUGGAUAGUAGACUGGGCCUGCAGGACAGCAGCCAGAUCAAGUGGAACGUCAAACUCAUCCACAACAAAGACCUUCUGGCCACUAUUCAUCUGCUGGUUGCCAUGGUGAGAUCUUUCCAGCCUGAACUCGAAUUGCCACCGAAUGUGAAGGUUGAAGUUGUAGUUAUAGAAGUGACUGGAAGUGGAAUCAGAUCAGAGGUACAGACGGAGAUCCUGACGGAGGAGGGGGACUCAGGCCCAGACUCCCCCAGCAAUACUGAAAGGGAAGAUCCCAUCGAGCAACUGCUGAAGCUUGAGGCUCACAAGGUCAACACAGUGAAGAAGGCCAUCCUACACUUUGUCAACCAGAAUAUGUCGACCAUGGGUCUGCAAGUGGCUGAUAUGGACAAACAGUUUGCUGACGGUGUGAUUCUGCUGCUGCUGAUCGGACAGCUGGAGGGAUUCUUCAUCCCGCUCUACGACUUCAACCUGACACCUGUCAAUCACUCAGAGAUGAUUCAGAAUGUGACCUUGGCCUUGGACCUCCUUAAUGACAUGGGCCUUCACAUGUCCAGUGUUGAGCCACAAGAUAUUGUGUCCCAAGACGUCACUGCCACCUUGAAGGUCCUGUACGCCCUGUUCAAGAAGCACAAAGAGAAAAAAUGAGAGAGGAGGAGUUACUCAUCAACCAAGGGUACAAACAAAGCUGGAGACAAGUGGAGUUUUUGGCCAGCUUGUGCUUUUUUUUUUAACUAAAGCAAAUGUUGUACAUUAUUUACAGAGUGAAGUUGACUGUAUUUAGACAUUUUGUUGAUGAUUUUAAGCUAAUUUAAAGGUACAGUAUGUAAUUCUGUGGAAACAUCUUACCUGCCCUAUGGUCUCCCCCCCCAGGUCACCCUGAUAAAAAAAAGUGGAUCAAUUUUAACUGCAAACCCCCUUUAGCAUUGUUGUUAGCACAGUAGCAGUGUCAACACGACUGGUGAUGUAAACAUAGUAACAGUGCUAUAUGGGUUUUGCAGCUCAAAAUAAAGUCGCGUACUCACUGGGGCUAUCUGCAGGGAGACUGGAGGGUAGUCAUUAUGAUUCCUCAGCAACGCUGUCCUGUGAUCAGAACGGUGGGUUUUUUUCAUUUAGGUUUAUUUCAGUUUAGAUUUCUGUUCUGGAAAUUUAUGAAAAAAAGUGCAUAUUCUGAAAACUAUCAACUUAAAAAAUAUGAACUUAAUAUAAAAAAAGAUCUUGUCUUAAUGUAAGUAAUCACUGUUUCAUGGUGAUACCUAUCAGUCGAAAUGUUUAUCUUAUUCAUCUGUAGUGUCUUAAUUUUUGGUAAGAAAAAAAAAGUCUGAAAUGUUACAAUAAAUAAAGGUCAUCACCUUUCACUCUA